CAGUGGAAGCCUGCUGUCCCUCAGUCUUCUUGCUCUGGGCCACUGGGGAGUCAUGGAGGCAGGGGAGCCAGCCUGAGUCCCCUGUGUGGCAGGCUGAAGGAUUGCUCAGAGAAGACAUAUAGCAGUUCCAGAGAUGUGGGCCUAACCUGCUCCCAAGACGUGGACUCGGCCUGUUUCAACAUCAUCCAGUGCCCAUGCUUUGAGCUCAUCCCAGAGGGAGAGUGUGUGGAGCCGUUCUGGUGUGGCUGGUGCAAAAGCUACAGGCCUGUCUCCGUGGCAGUGAUCCACCAUCCCAUCCACCGUGUGUGUGGGGCAGAUGACGACCUAAACCAAGAAGAGGAAGAGGAGGAGGAGGAGGAAGAGGAAGAGGAGGAUGAUGAUGAGGAGGAGGAGGAAGAGGAUGAGGAGGAAGAGGAGGAGGAUGAGGAGGAGGAAGAGGAGGAGGAGGAGGAGGAGGAGGAAGAAAGCAAGCCUCCCAUCCCGACCCACGUGGGGCCCCCCGCCCUCCCCACCAACACAGGUAUGGGCAUGGUCACAGGUAGCCCUGACCUAGCAGCUCCCAUCACCAUCUGGCAUUCCGAAAGCCCCACAGCGAAGUCCCAGGGCAAUAAGGUGAUCAAGAAGAUAAAGAAGAAAAAGGAAAAAGAGAAAGACAAGGAGGAGGAGAUGGACGAAAAGGCAAAGGUGAAGAAAAAAGUCAAGAAGGGCAACUUGACUAAGAAGAAAAGCCCAGUUAAAUCAGAAUCACCUCCAGACUUAAGCCGAUUGUUAAGCCCAAGAGAGUUGACCAGGAUGUCAGAGUCCAGCCCAGACAGCCGGCAAGAUCUGGAGAGUGAGGACAGUUACAAUGACCCUGGGUGGGAGGAACCCUCCAGUGAGGAUAUUGUGGAGUUUUCAUCAACCAGGAAGAGAGAGAAGAAUAGGGUCCAUGCCAAGAAGCCCGGGAUGAAGACCUCGCCAGUCAAGAAGGUCAACAAGAGGAAAUCUUCCCCAGCAUCAAACCCCAAUCUCAGUUGAGGCCAGGGCGACCAGGGUGAAGAAUAAAUGCGAUCAUGCCUGUAGCUGACCCCCUGCUUCUCUCUCCCUCCAACCUGGCUACUUCUGGCGGGGAGGGGGCAGCCUCUGGGCAUAACUGGAGCCAAGGGGCUAA